AUGAAGUCUUCGCUGCAGAGUGGCCGAUUGCCAGUUCACGUGAACACGGUGAACACCGGCGUGACAUUUUGGAACCCUGCGGACAACGUGUCUGGCUUCGCAGGCAUUCCAGCCAACAUGACUGGUAUGGCCGAAAAGAUGCAGCAUGCCGGCUACCGCACGCAUCUAGUAGGCAAAUGGGACGUGGGCAUGGCUAUGCCUGCCCACACUCCGCUGGGAAAGGGCUACGAUUCAUGGCUGGGCUACUUCCAGCAUGCCAACGAUUACUGGCAAGAAAGCAUGCCGCUCGCAUCCACCGGGGACGUCGACAUCUGCUUGAACAAGUUCAGGGACUUCUCCCUCUACAACGCCACAUACCGAGCUGGUGUGACAGAAGAGGUGGCUGCGGAGCUGGGAUGUGAUGCCAGCGUGAGACAUGUCCAGAAGAUGGGCAUUUCUCCGCAGGUCAACGCCACCGGCUGCAACAAGGAAGAUCCAAGCUACUGUCUGCCCGAGGCCUGCUUCGAGGAGGCCAUGUUGAACAACUAUGCGCUGAAGAUCAUCAAGGAGCAUGACAGGCGCGAGCCCCUCUUCCUCUUCUACUCCUUCCACCUUCUCCACACGCCGCUUCAGAUCCCUGAGUCCUAUUUGCAGCAGAUUGACGAGAUCGUGGCCAAGAGUGGGGUCGAGCAAUCCGUCCCAUGGACGCAGAAUCGGAGGCUCUACGCUGCAAUGACCCUUUACAUGGACACUAUGGUUGGGAACCUGGUUUCCGCUCUCAAGCACCGUCACAUGUACCACGACACGCUCAUUGUCUUCACCGCGGACAACGGCGGGCCUGUUUACGAGCCUGGCUCCGCCAACAACUGGCCCCUGAAAGGAGGCAAAUACAGCGACUGGGAGGGGGGUGUGCGGACCAAUGCUUUUGUCUCCGGCGGCUUCGUUCCGUGGUUGAACAGAGGCUCCAGGUUCUCUGGCGUUAUCUCCAUCGCAGAUUGGUAUGCCACACUCGCCAGCAUCGCCGGGGUUCCUGUUCGGGACCAGAAGGCGGAGGAGGCCAACCGGUACCUGGCGCAGAACGGCUUGCCCUUGCUACCCCCAGUGGAUGGCCGGCCACAGUGGGAGAACAUCAUUUGGGGCGGCCAUGGCCGGACGGACCCUCUGCACCUCAGCCAGGAGGCCCUGCUUUGGUGGCCCUUCAAGUUGGUGACGGGCCAGCAGCCCUACAGCUUCCACCAGGGCCCCGUGUACCCGAACUGCACCACUGUGGCAGGCAUGAAGGCCGACGAGGGGCCCGUCUUCUCGGACAUGCAUGUCUUCGGGGCGCCCAUUUUCCCCAGCGCCAAUGCCACGGAGCAGGCUGAGCUCACGAAGGCGGGCGACUGCGGCCCUGGCGGGUGCCUGUUCAACGUGGAGCACGACCCCAACGAACUCGAGGACCUUUCCCAGAUUCCGGCCUACUCAGCCCUCCUCUUCAAGAUGCAAGAGAAGCUCUACUACCUCAACCAAGGCAACUUCAACCCCAAUCGCGGGGAGCCCGCCGUGGAAGCCUGCUUGCAAGCCGCGUCCCUGGGAGGCCCCCCCCAAGACCCGAAGGGGGGAAGGGCAUGGGGUCUUGGAGUUCCACUGGGGGAGCCUCGUAUGGUUGGGGCAAACCUGAAGGUUCUGCCCGGGUUUGGUGCUCGUAGGCGCCUCCGAGUAGGAAUGAAUAGAACGAUAGUUGGCUAG